CCGGCCGCGCUCCGGCGGUCACGGCGCUGGGGAACGGCCGCCGCCGCGGCGGCAGCGCGCCCGGAGCGGAGCGGGGCUCGGCCGGCGGCGGGGAUGCGCGGGAGCGGCGGGCAGCCCUGCCCUGCCCUGAGCCAGCACCGCAGUAUCAAGCAGGAAACAACAUCAUUAAAAACAAACAAAAAAAAGCACCUGUAACCAGUAUUUCAACUGGUAUCUUCUUGACUCCAGUUUACUCCCACUGAAAGAGCCAGGUGAAAUUAUACUCCUCUGAAUGUAGCAGCCCGUGCUUUGCUGCUGUGGUGCACAUAGCUCUUCCCAAAUCAGUGGGAUCAUUCCUGUGUUUACAGCUAAAUUGUGCUUAAAAGCUUCAAUGCAUCGAGAUGGUUAAAAUGUGUUAAGGCACAGAGGUCUCAGGCCCUCUGAGGACCCGGUGCAGUGUGACCGGAGGGACUCUCGCAGAGUGCCGGCAUUCCUAAAAACCCAGCAGCUGGGAAAUGACGAGGGUGAGGAGCACACUGCAGAACUGGACAUUCAGUGUCUGUGCAGGACUUUGAAUGCAGAAGGCACCACAAUGAUCCCCAGCUCUUACACUGUGCUUUUGACUUACAGCCAUGUAAGAACCUAAACAAGGAGACAUAAAUUAUUGACAAGAGAAUGGCUCACCGAAGCCCAAUCUUCCCAACUCUUGCCCCUUCUGAAAGGCGGGUCCGGAACAUCCCGCUGCACAGCCAGGCGCUGACAGCGGUGCCGCUGGCGUCCGCCAGCCUGGUGGAUCAGCUGGAGGACAGAAUCCUGAGCCAUGAGAAAACAACGGCGGCUCUUGUGGAACACGCGUUUCGCAUUAAGGAGGACAUUGUUUCCACGCUGCACAGAAUGCAGAACAAAGGGGGGGGUGACCGGUUGGCAAGGCAACUCCUGGAGGAGCACAUCCGAAACAUUACGGCCAUAGUGAGGCAGCUGAACCGGGACAUCGAGAUGCUGCAGGAACAGAUACGUGUCAGAGACAAUCUCAGCUAUGGAACAAAUUCUACCCUGAAGAGUCUUGAAAUGCGGCAGCUUUCUGGCCUGGGAGAUCUUCGGGGAAGAGUUGCAAGGUGUGAUGCUGGGUUAGCCAGGCUGUCUGCAGAGCACAAAAUUACAUAUGAAAGACUUCAGAGUCUAAGUAAAGACCAACACACCUCCAAGCUGAUCUUAGAAUCUAAAAUCAAAGAGGCAGAAAUACAGAUUUCUCAUCUGCUGAGCAGAGUAGAGCAAUCGAUAAUGCAACAAGAAGCAAAGCUGAAGAUUGCCUACAAAGAGAGCAACCAACAGCUGCAAGUCCUGGACACAAAAUUAAAAGAUGCUGUUGAAGAGCUCAGCAAUCAGAUUUUGUCUGCACGGAGCUGGCUGGAACAGGAACAUGGAAGAACUGAAAAAGAGCUCGUGCAAAAAAUUGACCAACUCUCACUAACUUUUAAGGAAAGCACUGAAAUGAGUGAGAGAGGUAUUGAGAUGAAAUUCAACCAAAUGGCAGAAAAAAUUGAGAGAAUAGAAGAAAUGCAGAGGAUAACCAUGGAAGCACAUGAAACAAAACAGACUGAAGAAAAGAUAAAUAUUCGCAUUGUCAAACUUCAGAAUGAGAUAAACGAAGAUAUAAAAGAAAUGAAAGCUGAAGUUAACGCUGGGUUUGCAGCUAUCUAUGAGAGCAUUGGGUCUCUACGGCAAGUUCUAGAAGCAAAAAUGAAGCUGGACAGAGAUGAACUGCAGAAGCAGAUCCACCAAAUGAAGCAGGAGGUUCCAAGAUGGGGAGAGGCUGGACCAUGACUGCACGAUUUUGUCUGAGAGAUCAGUGUUUACCUGGCUAACUAGGCAGACCCUAGUGUUGUUCCAGUCUGUGAUGCCAAUUACCUGCAUGUACCAAAUGACAUGCUGCUGCUGCUGCUGCUGCUGCUGCUGCUGCUGCUGCUGCUGCUGCUGCUGCUGCUGCUGCUGCUGCUGCUGCUGCUGCUGCUGCUGCUGCACAGGUGCUUGCUCACAGCAGUCAAUGCAAGCUGUUCAUGGAUAACUGGCAAUGAGCCCUUGGAGCUGAGGUGCUGCUUUGCCACUGCACUACUCCAGCUGCUGUCAGGAAAUGGAGCACUGUGUAAAACUGGAGUAAUACACUGGUGAAGCUGGCACCUAGCUUGCUAAAGGCAUUCCAGUUCUGCAGGCUUGAUCAGGCAGCUCUGUGCUUUUAUAUGUACCUGCACCCCUCCACCUCUAAAAAAAAAGGCAAGUUGCUAUCAUUUGCUUCAUAUGAAUUUGGCAAGGUUCUCCACCUUGAAACAAAUUACUUAGUUGAAAUCAAUGGAUAUUUUUACAGUUACUUUCUCUACUUUGGACUUCCUGGGAAGACAGAAUUGGCACUAAACAGACCAUUCUUCAAAAUCUAGACACCCUCAGGAAAGCUUUGUUUAGGUUUGCAAAUACCCUGUGUGUGAAAACUAGAUAGUGUUACAUAAUGUGGUUAUAGACUAAGAUGAUUCAUAAACAACACAAGAAACUUAAUUUACAUGAUCUUAAGUAUUGUAACCUUCUAAAAUUAAUAACCAAGGGGAGCUGACACAAGGUAAAAGAUGUAUAUAGAGUAUUUUUUUACUGGGCGUGUGUUCCUGUGACUUGCUUCAUUAUAUUAAUAAAAACUUAGAAAGGUUUGAAAACAAAAGAGGUGAUAAUCUAACCUAGUCUGGAGACCGUAAAAUAAAAUGCAGUUUAUCAUCUCAGAAAUUUUCACUGAAGUAAAAUAGUUGAUUCAUCAUAUUUAAGUAGACUUAAAUAAUUUAGCAGACUCAAAUUGCUAAUUGCAUUCACAUUAUUUCCAGAUAAUAAUUUCCAUUCCCAGAAGAGAUUAAAUAAUGAAAGUCAGCACCCAUGUGGCACAUUAUCUAGAUGGGAAAAUAAAAUGUUAUUUUUACUUCUUCAUUCAUAGCAUGGUAUAUUGUUCCUCAUGUUUGUAAGCCACGCAGGAUUAAACCCUCAUGAAAAAGACAUUAUCCAGCAUCCCAUUAAUUUAUACUAUUAAUAGUAAUUAAUAUACUAUUCUGUGAAUUAAUAUUAAUUCAUAGAAUUUACAAUACUGUUAACCUAAAUAAAUUAAUAGGAUGUCUCUACACUGCCAUUAAUGAACCUUUCAUUCAGCUAGUAUUGGAAAUAUACAUUUUUAGUUGGAAAAUCAGUGGCAAAUAUCUUCCAUAAAAGACAUUUUGGUCCAUAGAGUCACACAAUCAAGCCCACAAGAGGAACAAGGUAGUGAGGCAGUGUGUGUGGGUGGCACUUGAGCAACAGAAUGAGACUUGGGAAAGUGUAAUACUAGAUGUGCACAAAACACUAUUUAAAUCACAAAGUUCACUGACACAACCAUAAAUUCACUGAAGGAAGGACUGGGAAGAGCCUUAGGAAGUCAUCUGCUCCACCUCUCCACUUUGAAAUAGAUCCAACUCUACCUAAAAUGUUUGCCAUAGAUAGUUCUGUAACUUGCUUAUAACAAUCUUUAAAGAAUAAGCCAUUGAUUAAUGCAGUCUAUUCCACUGCUUAAAGAAGAUUGCCCUGCCACCCAAACACCUAAACUAGGACAAGACAUAAUAGCCUUAAAUUUCAAGCACAGAGGACACAAAACUUAACUCAUUACAUUUUUUCCAGCAUUUUCAUUAGUUUUUAAAGACAAUAUGUGUUUAAUAGAUGAUUCAAAUGAAGCUUCACAGGGAUAUUUGCCCAAUAUUUCUAAAGCUUUUUCUCCUUCCUACAUCCACAUAAAACCCACCAAAACCCAGCAACACCCAACCCAAAGAAACCACCCCCACAAAACCCACAAAACAACCAAAACCAGCCCACUUGCUCUCAUGAAGUUUUAAAAUGUUUCUUUUGUCAGCUGUUUCACAUGCAUGAGGCUUAAACCACUUGCAGUGUACAGACCAUACUAUUCAGCACAUGUAGCCAUGUGCUGGGUAGCACAUAGUGAGUGCCAUGAGUAAAACUCACUGGAGAAUGUUUAACUGGGGUACAUGGCUUUUACAUUAGCAUGUGAUAACACAGUAGAACCAUGGUAAUGUGCAGUGAGGGACUUGGCUGGAAUCAGAAUUAUGUCAGUAAUUACACAGCAAUUGUGCUGUUUAUACUCAUUAAACAAACCAAAAGAAUGGUGCAAGUAAGAAGUUCACAGGAUGACCCUAACUUCCACAUGCAGUUGUUUAUGUAGUAAGUUUUGUGUUGUGGAUACCUUUAUAUUGUGGAUAUCUUUGUCACUGCAACCUGAUACAGUUCAAUAGACAGUUGCCAUGUCAGAGGAAAGCAGUAUGAAUGAGAAUGAAGAGCAUUGUAUUUCUGUAAAAUCAAUUUAAACUGAAAUACAAAAUUUUCCUCUUUUCUCAAUUUCUGUUUUGUGUCCCACCUCCACUAGCAUCUGGCCAUUUGGGGCAAAGUGUUGUCUGUAUCUAAGAAUUAAAGUGCUCAUUAGACAUGUCUUCCACUAAUGGAAACGUCUAAUAAGAGACGGAUGACAAUCUGAUGACGCCCUCCUGUGUGUAGGGGAGGAAUUCCUCCUGUGACACUCCCCGCGGUGCAGGAAAUUCGGAGGCACAUUUGAAAUAAAGGGAGGAAAUGGGGCGGACGGCUUCUAUUCCAUUUGCCACAGGGUGUCACUGUUACUCCUGGCAAGCGAAGGACGGCUCUCAAUGUGUCUGUGUGAUCCAUAGAGGCUGCAACCCCACUGGGACCGGGCUGGAAGCUUUUACCAUGUA